GCGGCCUGUGGCAGCUGCAGCUGCGCGAGCUGGCGGGGCCGUUCCGGGCACGCGGCUCUGCGCCUCCCCCGCGUUUUGUGCCACCCGCUCCUCGGGCCCAGCGGGGAGGCCACUCGUCCCCUUGUACACAGGCCGCGCCAACGGGGACUCCGCCCCGGCUCGCGAGCUGCUCGGAUCUCCUGGGCCAAGCUCGCCGGAGAGCCUUUCCUCUGUGGAAGUGCUUCCCUGGUGGGACUGGGUGUGGUGCCUGCAUGGAGAAAAAAAUGGGGGAAGCUGUAGCCAGAGUUGCCAGAAAGGUGAAUGAAACAGUGGAGAAUGGAGCAGAAUCCCUAGAUUUGGCUGACUGCAAGUUGAUGAUGUUCCCUAUUGGCAUUUACAAAGUCAUGAGGAAUGUCACUGAAGGGAUACAUCUCAUAACUCUGGCCAAUAAUGAACUCAAGUCUGUGACCAGCAAAUUCAUCACCACCUUCAGCCAGAUGAGAGAACUCAACCUGGAAGGGAAUUAUCUACAUCGCCUGCCUGAAGAGAUGAGAACCCUGUUACAUCUGAAGGUCAUCAACCUGUCCAGGAACAAGUUUCGACACUUUCCUGAGCAGUUGACUACCUUGAAGGGUCUUGAAACCAUCAACCUUGAAGAGAAUGAGAUUACAGAUGUCCCUGUUGAGAAACUUUCUUCAAUGGAGUCGCUGCAGUGUGUAAACCUGAAGUCAAAUCCCCUGAACGAGGAAGUCCAGGUGAUUGCCAGGCCGCUGAUAAAAUUUGACCUCCUGGUGUCUCCAAAGGGAGCACAUGCUGCUCCGCAAGCCUGAAACACAGACUUUGGUUGUGUGGACUUGGUGUGACUUCAUUUGAGAAUGGUUUUAAAGGGAAAGCUAGGGGAUCCGGCUGCAGGGCAUGCUGAUCUAGAAUGG